AUGGGACUUUGCAAGUGUCCCAAGAGAAAGGUGACCAACUUGUUCUGCUUCGAACACCGUGUCAAUGUCUGCGAGCACUGUAUGGUAGCCAAUCACUCCAAGUGCAUCAUCCAGUCCUACCUGCAGUGGCUCCAAGACAGCGACUACAACCCCAAUUGCGGCCUGUGUGACUUGCCCCUGACCACCCGGGAGACCAUCCGUCUCAUUUGCUUUGAUCUCUUCCACUGGGCCUGCCUCAAUGAGCGUGCCUCCCAGCUACCCCGAAACACAGCACCUGCCGGCUACCAGUGCCCCAGCUGCAGUGGCCCCAUCUUUCCCCCAUCCAAUCUGGCUGGCCCCGUGGUCUCCGCACUGAGAGAGAAGCUGGCUACAGUCAACUGGGCACGAGCAGGACUGGGCCUUCCGCUGAUCGAUGAGGUGGUGAACCCAGAACCCGAGUCCCCCAACACUUCCGACUUCUCUGACUGGUCCAGCUUCAAUGCCAGCGGCAUCCCUGGACAAGAGGAGACAGCCAGUGUCUCUGCUGCCACAGCCUUCUACAGCCAGGCCCCCCAGCCCCCAGCCUCCCCAGGCCGGCCAGAGCAGCACACGGUGAUCCACAUGGGCGGCCCUGAGCCCUUGACCCACGCCCCAAGGAAGGUGUACGACACAAGGGAAGAUGAAAAGGCACCAGGCUUCCAGGGGGACUGUGACGAGGACAAGUACCGCCGUCGGCCUGCCCUGGGCUGGCUGGCCCAGCUACUCAGGAGCCGGGCCGGGCCUCGUAAGCGGCCUCUGACCCUGCUGCAACGGGCAGGGCUGCUCUUACUGCUGGGGCUGCUGGGCUUCCUGGCCCUCUUGGCUCUCAUGUCCCGCCUGGGCCGGGCUGCGGCUGACAGCGACCCCAACCUGGACCCACUCCUGAAUCCUCACAUCCGUGUGGGGCCCUCCUGA